AACCGUCAACAAGCCAUGACCGCCGCUCCAAACGAGAUCACACGAGCUAAAUAAAAACCAGAAUAUAGCUGGUCGUGUCAAACAAAUCUCAAAAAUAAAUAUAACCUUAAAGUUAAUUAAACCUGUAAUUAACUAUAGACUUUAGUCACACGUUGUCGGCGGCGGAACGCGUUUCGCUACUAUACACGAUAGUGUUUUGUUUUCGAAACGUCGCUGGAGAGAUGGGGACUAUUAAUUAGAGCGAGACGAAAGCAAAAUGUCCCAGUGGUUGUGUGUGACGUCUGUGUUUGUGUUGCUCCUGAGGGUGGAAUGCAGAUUCGUCGGCGACGAAUGUCAAGCUGAAGGCAGACCGGGCAUGUGUAGACUUCUCGAUGACUGCCGGCCACUUCUUGCAGAAAUUAAGAGGUGCGGAACCCCCAUGCCGGCGCACAUUAGGCGGAAGCUGCAGACGCUGAUGUGUGGCUUUGACACUGAUAAGCCUAUCGUAUGUUGUCAAUCAGAGUCGCAGACGACCGAACUACCAACCCCCCUCUUCACAGUACCCCACGGGCUAGGCGUCCCCUUCAACAACAAUUGGGGGGACUCCUCACAAAACUGGGGUUCUGCAUUUACUACAUCUAGUACUAGAAGACCAUGGAAUAGUGAUACUCCUAAUAGAAGGCCUUCUUGGAACAGUGAUACACCUACUAGAAAACCAUCGUGGAACAGUGAUACUACGACAACUAAAAGACCCUCUUGGAGCAGUGAUAAUGAUAGAACGGACAAUAAUGGAAAAGAAGAAGCGGUAGAUGUGAGAAAUCAUAGAAACUUUAGGCUGUUGCCAACGGAUUGUGGAGUUAUCGAAGAUGAUAAGAUUUGGGGAGGCAAUAGAACGAGACUGUUUCAAAUGCCGUGGAUGGUGCUCAUCUCCUACAAUUCAGCAAGAGGCACCAAGCUAAGCUGUGGAGGUACACUCAUCCACGAGCGCUACAUAUUGACGGCGGCGCACUGCGUUUCGUUUCUAGGCGAGCGUUUGAAAUUGUCCGGAGUCGUGCUGGGAGAGUAUGACACCAGAACCGACCCGGACUGCGAGUGGAACGAAGGGGAGCGGAUGUGCGCUCCUAGUACACGGAACGUCACCGUCGAUACCAUUAUCCCACACCCCGGCUACAGUCCGCAGAACUUAUUUGAUGACAUCGCGCUUCUAAGGCUCUCAGAGCCGGCGGAUUUUUCGCAAGAUAACAUGAAACCUGUGUGUCUACCGUCGACACCGGAGCUACAAGCUGACAGUAUGGUGGGGCAGCAGGUGGUGGUCACGGGAUGGGGCGCCACCGAGGACGGGCUGCAGUCGCCCGUGCUGCUCAGUGUGGCGCUGCCGGUCGUCUCCAAUUCGGAAUGCCAGGAUGCUUACAACGGUUCCCCUCGCAUCUACAACCGUCAAAUGUGCGCUGGCGGCGUCCCAGACAAGGACUCCUGCGGCGGCGACUCCGGAGGGCCACUCCUAUACCCGGGGGUAGUAGGUCGCGUAGGGCUCCGCUUCGUGCAGCGUGGGAUAGUGUCCUACGGUUCUAAGCGGUGUGGGGUUGGAGGCUUCCCUGGUGUUUACACUAGGGUGGGGCACUAUAUGGACUGGAUACUGGACAAUAUGCGGCCUGUCUUCGGUCGGCUCAGUGACACAACCAAAUUAUUCUGGGCCACUUGGAAGAAAAUCCAGGACGACCCAUUGUACUGGUCUCUGUUCAAGGCCAGUGUUUACUUCUUAUUGGGGCUGAAGCUGUUUGGAGACCUGGCUGCUGAGUUCAAACCAAUAGCCAAAUGCCAUAAAAUCCUGUGUUUUGUUGUGCUGGCCAUAGCCGUGACUGCUCAAGAUCGGAAAUGCAACAACGGCGUGUCGUGCAUCCCCCUAGUGUCGUGCUCGGGGCUGAACAGGCAGCUGCAGAACGGUAGGACCGACGAGCUGGUUGCGCUGCUGAGGAAGCUGCACUGUGGCUUCGAUCACGAUAACCCUAAGGUAUGCUGUCCCCCCGAGUUCCAAACGGAGAGCCAGCCAAACAGGAUAGGCGUCGGUUUUACUGGCUCGUCCGCGGCAGCCGGCAGCUUCUCUGCCCCAGCUUCCAGCGGCGAUUCUGACAGCUUGCUGCCCAGUAACAGAGUGUGCGGCAUACAAACUAACGACAGGAUUGUAGGCGGAGAGCAGACGGAAUUAGAUGAGCACCCGUGGACGGCGUUGCUUCGAUACGACAAACCCCGAGGAUGGGGCUUCUACUGCGGCGGUGUGUUGAUAUCGGCUCGGUACGUCAUGACUGCCGCGCACUGCGUGAAGGGAGCGGAUCUGCCACGCAACUGGAGAUUGUCUCAAGUUCGUCUCGGAGAAUGGAAUACGUCGAGCGCCACAGACUGCUACGGCGGCGAAUGCCACUCCGGGGUCCAGGACGUGCCGGUGGAGCAGAGCGUCGCCCACGAGGACUACGACCCCAACAACACCAACCAGCACAAUGACAUCGCCCUGCUGAGGCUGGCGCGGAAAGUGCAGUUUACAGACUUCGUCAAGCCAAUUUGCCUGCCGUCGACGGAUGCCCUGAGAACCAACACUUUUGAAGACUACGACAUGGAGGUGGCAGGCUGGGGUAAAACUGAAACGCGCUCCGAAUCGGACGUCAAACUAAAAGUCCGCGUACCAGUCGUCACCAUGUCCGAAUGCUCGCAAGUGUUCCGACCCGUCGGCCGGCGCAUCAUCAAUAAGCAGAUCUGCGCGGGCGGCGUCGCCGGCCGCGACUCCUGCCGCGGGGACUCCGGCGGCGCGCUGAUGGGCCGAGUGCCCGCUGUAGAUAACUGGAUAGCCGUGGGUGUUGUUUCCUACGGACCCUCGCCGUGUGGGACCGCUGGCUGGCCGGGCGUCUACACACGUGUGGGCGCGUACUUUGACUGGAUCGUGGGCAAACUGAGGCCUUGAGACUGAUGUUAGGUCAGGAAUCUCCAAACUUUCUGGCCAUGGCCGGCUUCCUUUUCGCGGGCUGUAAUUUGGAGACCCCUAUUUUAGGUUAUGUAGUAAGAGUAUACUCAUUGCGGUUGUGCCAUUUGAAACCGACGUAGGUUUUUCUGGUCAUGUUUGCCUAGUACUUAUAUAGCUCACCAAGCGAAAACCAAAAAUUGCCAAUCGGGGAAAAUAAUUCGUGUGUAAGCGUAUUUUGGCAUAAUUGUAGGGAAUGGUGUAUUAAACAACAUGCUAAAGUACCGGAGGGUGGGGGUGAAGCUAAGGGGUACCGUUUUAUGAGUUAUUUACGAAAAACUUUAAAAAGGGACCUUUAACACAUUCACUGCCCCCAACGCACAUGUGCGUUCACCGUCAUACAAGUUUGUUCCUAGGCCACGCCCCCCGGCAGUGAAUGCGUUAACCCCCUUUAAAAAAAACAGACGAUUGAAACCUGAAGCAGAAUCUAUAUUUUACAUUAAAUUAAGGAAUUACUUAUAAAGUUAAGGUUAAAAAAAACGAAUAAAUAAUACUAUAUAGUUUCAUUACAUUUUUUAUUUAUUUAAAUAAGUUACUAAUGUAAAUAAUAUAUUCUUUUUUUAUUUAUUUAUGGCCUUCAGUAAUCACAACUCAAGUUGUUAGCCAGCACCUUGCGCCUCACAAUCCAAAAUAUUUAGGUACUUUUACAAAAUGUUCAUCGAACAAUAUACCUAACUAGGAAUGAUUCAAUAAUUACGAUACUACAAAUAAAAUUAUGGCCUUCGGCAAAUAGUUCGAUUUACAUAUUUCUUUAUAGCGAAUGAUUUAGGUAUCGUAAUUUAAGAAGAGGCAAAUGAAAUUUUACAGCAAAUCUGGUGUUCCAUUACGACACCCUGUGCUAUAAGCACAUUACGUAACUACGUCGAAAAUUUAAAGAACGAUACACGUGUGAAUAGGUAAUUUGCAACUCGUGUCACCCUUCAUUCGUGUUUUAAAAUUCGCCACUCGUUGCGUAUUUCCUAUUUUUCGCACUUGUAUCCUAAAUAACAUAACUAUAAUGAUAAAUUAAAUCAGGAAAAAAGUAAGCUGUUAUAAAAUUAGAGGCACGAAAAAGUACUAGUAAUCGACACCUAAUUGUGUACGAAAGUUAAGGUAAUAAAGUAAUAAACUAUUAAAGUAUCAAUGUAAUAUAAAAGAAUUUUAAAUGUAAUAUCGACGCUGACAGUUUUGCCUCUUCUUAAAGUGCAAUACCAAAUUUGAAGGUAAAGACUAUUUACGAAGCGCUUAAAUACUGUAUAAUAUAUUUAAAUACUGAUAAACCCUUGGCACAUCAUAAUAAUGUUUGUACUACACCGAUAUUUAGUUGGCCUCAAGAACUUUGUCCCUUUAUUACAAAAGUUAACUUACCUAUAAUAAUAUAUUUUUUUUAAUACAGUUGCUCAAAAAGUGGUACUUUUUGUGGCUGCGUAGCGUGCGAGAAGCUCAAUUUCUCGAACUAGUGCUUUUUACUUUUUAGUUCCAAACUAUACUUUCGAAACGCAGUUAAAAUUGAAUUUAGCGCGGAGCAGGUACCAGGGCCUCAUGAGUUAUGAGGUGUCGUUGAGCAACCCGCGCCGGGCCCGCGGCGGCCGCGGCCGGGGCGCGCACGAGUAUGAAGGUAUCGCGGGCUGCGGCAGCUCGCGUAUCGCGGGCUGUAUAGGUACUUUUUGGUUUUGGUUUGGUUUGGUGGUAUGAUUCUACUAAUAUAUUAUAUAUUAAUUUAUUAUUUUUUCGCAAUUGUAUUAAAAAAACGUCGUUUACAACACGUGUGAAAUGUCUUUUUACCACUCGUACCUCGGUACUAGUGGUAAAAAGACAUUCUUUUCACACUAGUUGUAAAAUGUACUAGUUAGUGUAUGUUUAUAAUAUUAAUAAUACAUAUAAAUGUUGUAAAAAAGAAAGUGAAAGUACAAAGUAAUAAAAUGUUGAGAUUCA